UAAAUAAAAAUAAAUAUUUUGGGAUUCAUACCUUAGCUAAACAGGGCAAUUGAACGAUAUUGAAAAGUUCGUAGCACUGUGCUACGACCACUACACAAAGCGUAGCAGUAAACAUGUAUUUGAUUUUGGAAAGUACGAGACUCGCAAUUUUUUCAAGUGUGCUUCAAUUCAUUUUAUUUUUUGCGGAUAUUCAUAAAACUACAAAAUCCAUGAAUUAAAUAUGCAUACAAUACAAGCGUUGAAAAUAGUUAGCUUCAAGUCUAUCAAAACAAAACUUUGUAUUGUUUGGUAUUCGUCCAGGCACUUAAUUGACUUUGAUAAAAAUAGAAUAGUUUUUGCAACUAUCGCUAAUACUGCUUUAAUAUAUAUUCAUUAAGAUUAAAAAAAAAAAAGAUUAACAAUGCAGAUCAAAUUCGGUAAUCAAACAAUAAAUGGUAACAUACCAAUUUUAUUGUUAACAACAUUUGCUAAAUCACAAUAUUUUCUCUGAAAUUAUUAAAUUAACUAACACUUUAUGAUGUGGUCUAAAUCGUAGUAAAUCGUUAUUUGACUAAAAAUCGUACCAAAGGCACAGUGCAAGCCCAACAAAGGCCAACCAUAAUAAAAAAUGUUGGUUGUGAACAAUGGGAUCGUGCAUCUGGUGCGGCCCACAUCGCGCAGCGAAAGUCAGGAGAAAUGGCGAGAGCCGCGAGCUCUCCGCUUUCGUUUUCAACCGCGCGGCGUGCACGCAAACACUUUCACCGACGUGCGCGCAUGAACGCCGCAAGCGCCGCGCCCGCCCCUGGCGCAUACUACAUUUUGGUCCACGACGUGCCUAGCGCGAGAAAGUCGUAACACUUUUAGCGUGACCUCGCAGUUCGGGCUUUGUCACUCGUCAUUCAAACUAGUUCACUUAACCGCGCCGCAUUCAGAGUUCCCCACGGAUUUCGUAUUAAGUUCGGCGCGCCAGACUAGGGUGGGCCACGCGAUGCGACGGCCGAUGAACUCUACCCUCGCGGCGUCAGCUGCGCGUGCACAUGGCCUGCCGUGCACACGCGCGCACUUAACGACAGCUGCAACCCAGACCGUGCGAUUCGGUCGUGUCCCAAAGCGCGAGAAAGCGCGCAUCCUUGCAGCAAUGCAACAAUCCUCCACGUCACGAGCAAAUGAGCAAGCUGCGGCGGCAGAGUUAGACGAUGCCCCGAGAUUGCUGGCGCGCGUGGUGCGCGCUCACCUCGACACCUGCGAGUUCACGCGGGAUCGCGUCGCCGCCAUGCGCGCACGUGCUCGUGACUGUCCCACCUACUCGCAACCCACUUUGGCUUGCCCCCUAAACCCUGCGCCAGAGCUACAAUCAGAGAAGGAAUUCUCUCAACGGUUUGCGCACGUCAUUCGUGGCGUAAUAGACUUCGCUGGGCUCAUUCCUGGCUUCCAGCUGCUCACACAGGAUGACAAAUUCACGCUGCUCAAAAGUGGACUAUUUGAUGCGUUGUUUGUGCGGCUAAUUUGUAUGUUUGAUGCGCCACUCAAUAGUAUAAUUUGCCUAAACGGUCAAGUCAUGAAACGGGACUCUAUCCAAAGUGGCGCCAAUGCAAGGUUCCUCGUGGAUUCUACGUUUAAAUUCGCCGAGCGAAUGAACUCUAUGAACCUAACAGACGCAGAAAUCGGUCUUUUCUGUGCUAUAGUGCUCAUCACACCAGAUAGGCCUGGACUUCGCAACGUAGAACUUGUGGAAAGAAUGCACGCGCGACUUAAGGCGUGUUUGCAAACAGUCAUUGCUCAGAACAGGCCCGACCGGCCAGGAUUCCUUAGAGAAUUAAUGGAUACCCUGCCUGACCUACGCACCCUUAGCACACUUCACACCGAGAAACUAGUAGUUUUUCGCACUGAACACAAAGAAUUACUACGCCAGCAAAUGUGGACAGAUGAAGAGGGUGUCAUGUCAUGGGGUGAUUCUGGAGCUGACGAGUCGGCACGAAGCCCAAUUGGAUCAGUAUCGAGCAGCGAGUCCGGCGAAGCCGUCGGAGACUGCGGCACGCCCCUGCUAGCCGCUACGCUGGCCGGGCGUCGGCGACUGGACUCACGAGGGUCCGUAGAUGAAGAAGCCCUGGGUGUUGCACACCUCGCACAUAACGGGCUCACCGUCACGCCAGUCCGCCCGCCGCCUCGCUACCGCAAACUGGACUCACCAACAGAUUCUGGUAUUGAGUCAGGAAAUGAGAAGCACGAAAGAAUAGUUGGACCUGGUUCAGGUUGCUCAAGCCCGAGAUCUUCACUAGAGGAGCACUCGGAUGACAGGCGGCCACCCCCCACAGCGGAUGACAUGCCAGUGCUCAAACGUGUGCUAGAAGCGCCACCGCUAUAUCACACCACUUCGCUGAUGGACGAGGCGUACAAACCUCACAAGAAAUUCCGUGCGAUGCGUCGUGACACCGGCGAGGCCGAAGCGCGUGUAGUCAGGCCGGCGCCCUCAGUGCAGCCGCCACAACACCCGCACCCCGCCAGCCCGGCGCACCCGGCGCACUCCCCGCGCCCCCUGCGCGCCUCGCUAUCCUCCACGCAUUCAGUGCUGGCCAAGAGCCUCAUGGAGGGUCCCCGCAUGACCCCCGAGCAGCUGAAGCGCACCGACAUCAUCCAGCAGUACAUGCGGCGCGGGGAGGCGGGCGCCGCGGUGGAGGGCUGCCCGAUGCGCACGGGAGGUCUCCUCACAUGCUACCGGGGCGCGUCGCCCGCGCCGCAGCCCGUUAUGGCGCUGCAGGUGGACGUGUCGGACGCGGACGCGCCCCUCAACCUCUCCAAGAAGUCGCCGUCGCCGCCGCGCUCCUUCAUGCCGCAGAUGUUGGAGGCGUGAGACCGGCCCGCGGAGCCACUUGUCUCCGCCACCCCACCCCGACCUACUUUAAAUUAAAUGAACUAGUAAAUAGUAAUCGUUCGCAGAUCGUUUUAAUAUAUUAUAUGUGAUAAUUUGAUUAGGACGCGUGAGUGCGUGGCCGGCGCCGGACGAGGAGAGCGCAAUAGACUGAAAAAUAAUUUAAGACUAUAUAAGUGUAAUUUAUAAAUGCAAUGCAGCGCCGGUCGCGGUGUGUUUGUUGUGUGUAUUGUAUGUGCGUAUGUGAGCGUGCUCAGUCAUUUGUUUGUUAAUAUAAUGACAGGUUGUCGAACUAAAAUAAAAGAAUCUUGUAAAAAUUA